CGCGUGUCGAAGGUCACCGCGCUCACAAUGGAGCUGUCGGAGUAUGUGCAGAGCGGCUUGCAGCCUCUAGCCGAUCCUGGCUGCUUCUCGCCCAGAGCCUACACGGUUCUGCUCCAGACGGCUUUCCAGAGCCUGCUUGACACCCAGGCGGACCAGGCAGCCUUAGACCACCCAGACUUGAAACAAAUUGACCCAACAGUAUUAAAACAUUGCCAUGCAGCAGCUGCAACUUGUAUACUGGAGGCUGGAAAACAGAAAGCCGACAAAUCUGCUAUAAGCGCAUAUCUAGAAGACUGUAAGUUUGACAGAGAGAGAAUAGAACAAUUUUGCACCGAGUAUCAGAAAAACAAAGAUACGUUGGAAAUCAUGUUGGGAAGUAUAGGCAGAUGUCCUCCGCACAUAACCGAUGUGUCUUGGCGCCUGGAAUAUCAGAUCAAGACCAACCAACUUCAUAAGACUUAUCGACCUGCCUAUUUGAUGACCUUAAAUGUUGAGAACAGUGGCUCAGGAUCACACACAGACGUUAAUUUUAGUUGCACUAUGGAGCAAUUGCAGGAUUUAGUUGGAAAACUAAAAGACGCUGCAAAAAGUCUAGAAAGAGCAACUCAGAUGUGACCGAAAGAAGUUGACUGAUGAAUUCAAGAAGAAGAAACUUGCUCUUAUUCCUAACCGUCUUUCCUUGGGAACUUACUGAACCACUCUCCUCUUUAUCGUGAAUAGCACGUAGCCCUGUAAAACCUUAGUCCGUAUUACGUAAGUGUCAGCUGUUGUGUCAAAGUUAAGUGUCAUUAUUGUCGUGCGGGUUCUUUAUUAAUGGCCUCUUCUUAUGAAAACUAUUGUCAUUGAUGUGUCCUCGAACUAUUCCCUCAUUUCAUGUAUUUUUUAAUUUGAUUUCUGGUAUUUUUUCCUACUAGUUCUAAUAACAGGGAUUUUUUCUCGUAAUGGCUGAAGUUAGCUAUGGAAGGAAACACAGCUGCUCUGCGAACAGCUUUUUGGGGGGAUUGGGGGGGGGGAGAAUGAAGUGUUUAACUUUAGAGGAGUGAAAAUCCCGUCUCGAGGGAAUAUUGUUGCUGCGCCGGGUGCCCUGCCAUGGGGCAGCGGUCCGGCUUGCGCCUCAUCGUUUCACUUAAACUGAAAUUAAAAGCUACUUAAACUUUGCAA